AUGUGGAAGAGGGAUCGUACAGGCUCCAUUACCCUAGCCAAUGUACCAAACUGUCUCCAUGGUCGAGUGAAACCAAGCUUUCCUGCAUGUGAACAUGAGCUUUCUGUCUGUCACCUUUUGGUGGGGUUUCGCCCAUAUGCAACACAAUCAGGGUUCACAUUUUUCCCUCAACAAUUCAAUUUGUUUGAGAUUAAGAAAAGUUUAGGUCAAAAGGGUUCUCUCCGAUUCGGUGUUCGCACUCCAAAUGUGCAUCUUUUGUAG